GCGUCAAUCACUGACGUUACGCACCUGUCUUCGUACAACUGGAUUGAGGCAUGUACACCAACCAUUGCCGUCCCGGGCAGUCCACCCCUUUGGUCCCCUCCAAGUGUUCCUCGACAGCUGAAAAAGGACUCCGGCCUCAUCUACAUCGCUCAGAAUGCAGCUCGCCAUCCAGACAGUCCGCUUGAACCCCUAUUUCGUGCGUUGUGCAUCGCAAAUCCUUCAUUUGACAUCCGAUCGAUUGAUGUCGUGACCGACCGGAACAAUAUACGUAAACUCCUCUCAUUCAUUAACCCCGCCAUGACUAGAAAUGGACUCGAAACAUUUACUAUCAAGAUAGAGGUCACGAAAAACACCGCAAUAUUCUGUCGUGAGGAGACCGCUACCCACGAGUUUAUCAAACCAUACGAAUUCAGGGGCUAUGGUCACGAAUUUGAGAAGGCAUAUACUACUAGCCAGAUCAGUGCCAGCACUGGACAUCAUAGAAUUAUCUCAUACCGCUUCAGCGAUCUGAACUUCAUUGUCCGCUAUGAAACCGACGGCUAUGUAGACACUGGUACAAGCAUACCUGCUUCAAAUAGCAAUGAACCAGAAAACGACAGUCUCUCCAGCAUGCUAGGAUUCUUAUCUCUAUCCCCGCCCAACGGCCUUCCUAGUACCACUCCUGCCGUGUCCAAAUUGACAGUUAAAGAAGAAGGCCAGAUGGUACCGCUCGAAUCAAUUCUUGAAGUUAAAACACGCGUCUUCCACAACCCUCUGAAGAUUCAAGACAUCGUACCGCAGCUCUGGGUGUCUCAAACUCCUAAGCUUGUGCGAGCUUACCACCACAAGGGUACGUUCCAGUUACCAGAAGUUGAGGAUGUAGCGGCUGAGAUCACGAAAUGGGAAGAAGCCAACCAGAGGGACCUCAGGAAAUUGGCUGCACUGAUUAAGAAAAUUCUAAAAGUAGUGAAGGGAUGUGAUGGAAAUGCUAUAGUCAAAUAUGUCUCAUUUGGUGGUAUGGAAGGCCGACGGGAAAAAGAUGCUGCCAAAGGACCUGUAUUCCAAAUGGGACUAUUCCGAAGCGGAGUCU